GCCUGACGUACAGUCCUCCUCUCUGCGCUGAUGCAGGGGGGUUUCCAUCAUGGCGUCGAUGCAGAAAAGGCUACAAAAGGAAUUAUUAGCCCUGCAAAAUGAUCCACCCCCAGGAAUGACGCUCAACGAAAAAAGUGUACAGAACACCAUUACACAGUGGAUUGUAGAUAUGGAGGGAGCACCUGGUACACUGUAUGAAGGAGAGAAAUUUCAGCUGCUUUUCAAAUUUAGUAGUCGAUAUCCUUUUGAUUCACCUCAGGUAAUGUUCACAGGAGAGAAUAUACCUGUCCACCCACAUGUGUAUAGCAAUGGUCACAUCUGUCUAUCUAUUCUAACGGAGGAUUGGUCGCCAGCCCUCUCAGUGCAAUCAGUUUGUCUUAGCAUUAUCAGCAUGUUGUCCAGCUGCAAAGAAAAGAGACGACCGCCUGAUAACUCCUUUUAUGUAAGAACGUGUAACAAAAAUCCAAAGAAAACAAAAUGGUGGUAUCAUGAUGAUACAUGCUAAUGUACAAACUUUGUAAUAACCGUAGAAGAAAGAAGUCCUACUGACCUACGUAAAGCACUUUUUAAUCAUUCAGUCUUUGAACUCUAACCUUUGACUGGAACAAUGGACACCAUGCGCUGGAGGCUCUUGACUGCAUUUCCCCCCCCCGUGGGCAGUUGGCUGCAUGUUUUAGUUGGUUGUAAAAUAGAAAACGAAAAUAAAGGAACGUCUAGAUGCACCCAAGAUGAAUUGUUUCUGGCAGAAAGGUCGUAAUGCAGCGAGCACGAAAGGCGGAUUUGUAGUGCGAUAAUUAUAAUUCCUGUUUUCAGAUUAUUGUUGUUACUUUUUUGUUUGUGUGUGGGUGCAUUUUAAGGUCCUUGUGUUGUGCAAUAAUAACUGAUGGAUGCAUGCUUGGGCCUACAAAGAGAUAUCCAAAUCUAAUCGUCUUCUGGAAGGGAUCUGACCAUCAACACCCCAAGAAAAUGCUUCAUCUGUUUGUUUAUUAUUAAUAUUAUUAUUAUUAUUAUAUGCACUGUGAAAGUAAUUAGUUUAAAAAGGCACUAUUAGUACAUUAUUCCAAACUUGCAGAUGUACUGUAAGUAGUCCUCCACUUAUCAGGUUUAAGGGUUUUAGUUUGAAACCACUGUAUCAAGAGUACACGCAGUUUUCUUCAUUUCCUGAGGUGAAACCAGGUUGCAGUUCUUCCUGCCGUUGGACAGAAUGUCGGUACAGAUGGGAAUAAUACAGAUAUGACGACAGAUCUUGUAGUCAUCCGAUGACCUCAGUGUACAUCUCCUCGUAAAGUUGGGCUGAACUCGUGUAGUGUUCACUAGUCCAGCCUUCAAGAUGUGCAGCAGCCUCUCUUCCAUUUAAAGAAUGUCUGUAAGAGAACAUUGUCGCACGAUCCAUUUUUAUUUGUAUGAUACCUUUUUUUUUUAUUUCAUGCUUUAAUCUUCUAAAAUGUUUGAUUUUAAAUGUCUUUUUUGUACUGUUUUUUUUUUCUUUUUUUCGACUAGCUGAUACUUUGAAAAGGGGGGUUGUUUUGAUGGGUCAGUAAGUUUUUGAAUCUUUCGUUUUUGUAUUUGUUAUUUAAUUUAAAUCUUCAUUUGAUCUCCAGAGCGGCAAUGAAUGAUGAAAAGGAGAGUCUUUUCUCGAAGUCAUAAAGACGAGGCUUUUGUGAUUCCCCCUGGUCAGAGUUUUGGCUCAGGUACUUUUUUCAAUAAAGAGAUCACCUCUAAAAAGAUACCUAUCAGAUAUUUUGAAUUUACCUAUAUUUUCACCAAAAGAGACUGUUAUGUUGUAAACGUAUAACAUGUCUGAAACUAUUGUAUAUAAGUCUUUGAAUUGUUGGAUGAUGUGAAAGAACUUAGCAGAGGAUGCAUUUACUUUAUAGCAGAAUGAUAAUAGGAGUGCUUUAUUUCAUUGGAAGUUAGUCUGCAUCUUUUGCUAAUUAGGAUGUGUACAGUCAGCUACAAACAUGGUAUGGUAAGAAAAAAAAUAGUAGUUUUACAGUGGGGGUGCAUGCAAUUUUAAACCCUACUUUUUCUUAUUGGCAUCAAACAUUGUGGCAACUUUUAGUCUUUCCAUACCUUAGGUAAUGUUUUACGGGAUGGAUCUUACAAAGCUCACCUCCAGAGGCUGUGGUCAUUUUAGACUAAUCACUCCAUCCCUAAAGAAUCGUUUAUCGUCAUCCAGUCAGAGAUACUUGAAUUUUCCAUCUUGGGUUGUUUGUAUUUACUUUUUCCAGGGUCUAGCUGAGUUUCUUGAAUGAACUUGAGUGAAUGUGAUGAUACUCUAUACUGUAGAGGAGAUUACCACAGCACACCGCUAUCUCAAAAAAAUACUAUAUUGAUAACUUAAAGACAUCUAUUUAACCAAUGAUUUUUUUUUUUUUUAUUCGCUUCAUUGCAUUGGGUCUAGUUUAGCUGUCGCUGUGCUUGGAGGAAAGACAGUGGGACUGAUGAUUGUUUGAAUGCAGUCACAACAGCAUCUGCAGAGACAAAAGGCCUUGAUCCAAUGGGCAGUAGAUCAGAGGAGAUAUGAAAAACUUGAGUGACUAUGUUACAAGGGUUUGGAUGUGAUGUUUUUUUUUUUCUUAGGUUGCUUUUUUUUUCCUUUUCAAUGUGGUUUGGACUCUUAGCUUGCAGGUUGUUGUGAGUGAUCAACACUAAUGAGGGUGUGUUAUUUAUAUUUGAAAUUUUGUUCUGGGAUGUGCAAGCUCCAUGUAAUAGGUGCCUGUUCAUUUUCAUAAUCAAUAAUAAAAGCAAAGAUUCACUUUUA